CAUGUUGUAAAUAACACAUUACACCAUGUAUAUUUUCAUCAUGGUAAUUAUUAAAGUUAUUGUAACUGAUGUAACCAUACAUAACUACUAAUAAUUCUAUGAGUAUCACAGAAUAACAAAAUAAUAUUUGUAAAUAUUCAAUAAUAUGGUUAUGUGUGAUUAAUGAUUAAAUGUCAAAUAUAGAAGGCUUUUUAUGGUCUUUUUAGAAGAUUUUUCAAAUAAACGGUUUAUUGAUAAUUGAAAUAUAUCACAUUCUGAUAAAAUGGCGUUGACAGAGGAAAGCAAACCAACCUCUGGAAAAGCACUUAAUUCAGGAAGCCAAAAACUAGAAAAACGCGAGAAACCUCCGACUAAAGUUAUUAUCAGAAGACUUCCACCUGUUAUUGAGAAAGAAUCAUUGUUGAAUCAAAUAUCCCCUUUACCUGAUUAUGAUUAUUUUUAUCUUGUUAAUGGAGAAGCUGCUUUGGGAGAAAAUUCAUUUUCUCGGGCAUAUAUCAACUUUACUAAUCUGACAGAUGUCUAUGAAUUUAAGGAAAGAUUCGACAAUUAUGUUUUUUUAGAUCAAAAAGGAAAUGAAUAUCCUGCUGUUGUAGAAUUUGCACCUUUUCAAAAAAUACCUAAAAAACGAAACAAAGUCAGGUCUGAUCCUAAAUGUGGUACAAUUGAAUCUGAUCCCUAUUAUCUGGAGUUCUUGGAAUAUUUGAAAAAGCCGAAAGAACAAGAAGAUAAGCCUGAAUAUUCUUAUCAGUUCACUUCUGAUAACAAAGACAAAGAAGUUGUUACCACUCCAUUAUUAGAUUUUGUUAGAAACCGAAGAGCUGAGCGAAUGAGAAUCCGGGAAGAGAGAAGGGAGGAAAGAAAGAGAAAAGAGAAGAAGGUCAAAGAGGAAGAAAAAAAGAAGAGAUCAGAAGAAAAGUUUUUAUCUAAAUCAUUCUCUAAAAUGAAAUUAGAUACCAAAGAUGUGUCAGAUAAUGAUGAAAAAGAAGAUGGAUUUGAGAAUUGUGAGAAUAAAAGUGAAAAUUAUUCAGAGAGGUCAUAUUCGUAUAAGAACAAAGAAAGAAAAUUUGAUGAUCGAAAGAAAAAUCCAAAAAUUACCUCGCCAAGAAAAGAAUUUGUGGAUAAACGAGAGUUUAAAAAUCGAAAGGAACAUUUCAAAGAACCUAAAAUCGAUACUCCCAAAAAAGAAGAGAAGCAGUUACCCAAAAAAGCAAAAAAAUACAGUGAGAAAAGAGAAGAACGCAAAAUAGAAGCUCAAAAGAGGGCCGAAGAGAUAACUCUUCGGAUCAAGAAAGGGGAAGAAUCCUCAGUUGCUAGUUUGGAACCUUCCGAAGAUGACAUAUUUAAAAAGAAAAUAAAAGCGAAAACAGAAAAUGUCAGCUUGAAUGAAGCAGAUCAAGAAGAAAAGUUAAGCGAGAUCCAAACAAAGUCUGUGGAAAAUGAAGGGAGUAGUAAGUCGGAAGUUGUUCAUAAUAGUAAGGAAAAUUCUUCUAAAAUUCAGAAGACUAUUAAGGAUUCUAAAAUAACUGAAAGCAAAUCUGGGGAUUCUGUGGAGAGUAGUAGAGAACAUAAAAGAGAAAGAAUAAGAAAUAAAGAUCGACCUACCAUUGCAAUUUAUAGACCUGGCAUGCUUUCUAAAAGAAAGCUUACUGAAGGAGAUGAUAAAGAAUCAACCAAAGAAUCAAAGUGAAAAUAAGUUUUCUUUGAGAAAGGUUUUAACAAUCUCAACCUCUUUAAAAUAACAUGUUAGAAUAUAGAUAAUAAUUGUGUUAUUUUCAUUGAACUUGUUGAGUUUCAAAUUAUUUUAGAUGAAACUUAUUUGAACUUAAUCAACAUCAAUGUUAUAGGAACGUUAUGACAUACCUCCCUUUUUCUUCUUUCUUUCUUUUUGUCUUUCUUUUUGUCUUUCCUAGUGAUCAAAAUCAAUGUUUAUGAAACAUAGUGGCAUACCUGGUCAGUUAUUUUUGUGUUUCCUAGUGACCAAAGAUGGUUCAGUAUGCUGCAUGAUUAUUAUUUAAGGGGAUAUCAGAAACUGAAAAUGUUAUCGAUUUUUCUUUCUGAAACCAAGGAUAACUUAUGGAUUUUUUUUAAGUGUAUGUAUUACAAUGUUUUGUUUUUGAUUUUUUUGUAAAUGUUAUUUCGGAUAUAUAUUCUUGAACCAAAA